AUGCAUUCCUCGUCAUACCGUUCUCUCGCCGCUCGGCCUGUGAUGCUGGGUCUGGCAAAACUCAUUUUCCUCGCCAUCUCACAACUUCCGUUUGCGACCGCAGCGCCUGCUCUUUCCCCCUUCCUCCGCAUCUCCUCCGAGGCCGAACCACCAAAGGAACCUAGCGACCCGAGUCUAUGGCUCUAUCUGGGAGUGUCAGCCGCCCUUGUUCUCAGCGGCGGUGCGUUUGCGGGGUUGACAAUUGCUUUGAUGGGACAGGAUGAAGUUUAUCUCCAAGUCAUCAAAACCUCUGGCGAAGGUCCCGAAAGGAAACAUGCCACUAGUGUUCUCAAACUCCUGAAUCAUGGAAAGCACUGGGUCCUCGUCACUCUUUUACUCAGCAAUGUGAUCACAAACGAAACAUUGCCUAUCGUCCUCGACCGAACACUGGGUGGUGGCUGGCCUGCUGUUUUAGGAAGUACAGCAUUGAUCGUCAUCUUCGGCGAGAUUGUUCCCCAGUCAAUAUGUGUACGUUAUGGUCUUCCUAUUGGUGCCUGGAUGGCUCCUUGUGUUCUAGUCUUGAUGUACAUCAUGUCACCAGUGGCCUGGCCUAUCGCGAAACUGUUGGACCGACUGCUGGGCGAGGACCAUGGUACCAUCUAUAAAAAGGCCGGAUUGAAGACCCUUGUCACUCUCCAUAAAACACUGGGUGAGGCAGGCGAACAACUGAAUUCCGACGAGGUCACCAUCAUCAGUGCCGUCCUCGAUUUGAAAGAAAAGUCAGUCGGCACAAUCAUGACCCCGAUGGAAGAUGUCUUCACCAUGUCUGCAGACACCGUGCUCGAUGAGCGCACCAUGGAUGUGAUCCUCUCUCAGGGAUACUCUCGUAUACCCAUUCACGCCCCUGAUAACCCUAUGAAUUUUGUCGGGAUGCUUCUCGUUAAAAUGUUGAUCACAUAUGACCCCGAAGACUGCAAACGAGUUCGCGACUUUGCUCUGGCCACUCUUCCUGAAACACGACCCGAAACAAGCUGUCUCGAUAUUGUCAAUUUCUUCCAAGAAGGAAAAUCCCACAUGGUCCUUGUCUCUGAAUACCCCAGUGAGGAUCGUGGCGCUCUUGGAGUUGUCACCCUGGAAGAUGUUAUUGAGGAGUUGAUUGGCGAAGAGAUCAUUGAUGAAUCCGAUGUCUUCAUUGAUGUCCACAAGGCUAUCCGAAGAAUGGCUCCUGCCCCGAAAUCUCGUGUCCCCAAGGGCAAAAUUAUAGAAGAGCCCCCGCUCAAUGCAACCAUUGUCACAGAUGGUGAUUUGAUUGAUGCCGACCCUGCAAACCCCGAAUCCACACCCAAACAUUCCGAGCUCAUCAGACGUCGAAGCUCCGUGGAAGCACCUCUCCCUCGCUUCCAGUUACGCAAGACAAACGGCGACCACAAUUCCAAUGCGGUAGAUGGAUGGGUGACCCAAAUGGGCACCACAGAUGAAAUUCGAGAACACCUGAAGCAUCUCGGUCCGUCUAAUCUAGCCAGUCGUCCGCGUUCAACCCGAUACUCCGCGGUCAAAAUCAAACGUGCAAAUACAUCACCAUCCCGCUCCUCGCAGGCGGAUUUUGAAUCUGCACACAGCGCAUCUGACUCUACCAAAGUCCAAAAUACAUCCACCGCUUACCAAGGUGGCAUUGGUGCAGGUAUCCUUAACUCUGCUGGACCAGACGCGAAGGAUGGUGCGCAUGCACUCAAGCUUGGCUACGGCACAAUGACCUCAAAUGAUGGUAUGAGUAAAGGCACAAACGCACAACAAUACAAAGACCUCCCCCAUGUCUCUAUACCCGAGGCAGUCAACGAAGACCACGAAGAUCAACCUCCUUCUGCUUCGACGCGAAAUGGCAGCAGUGGUGCGGGCAGCAUUCGCUCAACCGAUUCUCCCACUGGUUUCCCCUAUCAUCACCGCGGUCCAGCUCGCAGUGGCAGUAUCACCGAGCAGAUUGUGGACGUCAACGGUAUUCGAAAAGUUGUCCUCCACGCAAAUGGCACGAGUUCUUCAGACGGUGAAACUCGCCCCUUACCGGAAUCUGACCUUACCGAUUCCGCUGCCACAAAAUCAAAGAAGAAGCGCCGUCGCAAGAAGCGCGGCAACAACACAAAUACCGAUACCGGUCCUUCUGAAGACCAACCAUUACUUCAAGGUUGA